UACUUCAUGAAACUGAAAGCUUAUUUAUGUAAAAUAUUAUAAAAUGUACACUCCUACAUAAAUUCGCUCUUUUUCAAGUGACCUCUGACCAAUCAAUGGCAACAAAAAGAAAGUUUUGUGCAUCAUUUCUUCAGCAUGGCGUCUGCUUUACAUCGAAUGCGACCAAUAUUUGUAAAAUUUAAUAAUAUAUCAUGUAAAAGAUUUAAUUGCUUUCCUAAAACACUAACAAGAACUUAUCUAAUAUCAAGUUCAAAUGUGGUCAACAUAUAUGCAAGUAAACCUGUUAAAAGUGCACUGUUUUCCGAUAAGGUAUUUGUACCUUCUAAUACUUGUUUAACAUUCAGAGCAUUUAGUGAUGAUAAGAAACUUUCAAGAGAAGAAAUCACUGAAAAGGUUAUGGAUGUCUGUAAAACAUUUGAUAAAAUUCCUUCAGAUAAGGUAACUCUGGAGUCACAUUUCAUGAAUGACUUGGGUUUAGACAGCUUAGAUCAUGUGGAAUUAAUUAUGAAUAUUGAAGAUGAUUUCAAUUUUGAAAUUUCUGAUGCAGAUGCAGAGAAGCUUUUAAGGCCCAAAGAUAUUGUAGAAUACAUAGUCAAUAAGGAACAAUCAAAUGUAAAACAAUAGUUACCCGAGGAUGCCUCAAUUUGUGAUACUAAAUUUCAAAAUUUCAUCAGCUUAUUCAUUUUGCCAUAAAUGCAUUUAUGAAAUUGAUUGUUCUGGAAUCAACAAGACUGCUGUAUUUUCACGAGAAGACUAAAUUGCCCAUUGUUCUAAUUCAUUUUAGUUUCCUUUGUGAAAUUAUUUCUGUAGAUAUAUAAUGUUGAAUGAAAAUAAAUGAAUUGUAGUUUUUGCUUAA